AUGGGUGCAAGGAGGUUCAAGCAUCAGGAUACGGGAGCAGGAAAAAGCUCACUCAUCAACCUCUUAGCGGGAAAGGAGGUGGCGCGUACAUCUCCUGACAUGCAACGCUGUACGAUGCACUGGCGAGAGUAUAACAUCGGCUUCGGCGAUACAUCUUACAAGUCUUUGAUACCGUUGGACUCGAGGCACCGCAACUGGGAAUCAAAAAGUUACCGCUACGCUGCAGAGCAAUUACAGGCUCUUUCACGAAUUCCUCUGCGAGAGAAGAUUCCCAUUGUCCUUGCGACCACUAAUCUUGAAAGAGAAAGAGGAUGGAGGAUUGGUGGGAGAGAACAGGGCGCAUUCGACAACUAUCAGAUAAAGGUCGUUGGUCACGCGUGCAUCGCCGCCGCUAAUAGAUUGGACGGCAGACGCAAAGACCUUUAUGAAGAAUCGCGUCACGAUCGGGAUCCGUAA